GGCCUUGAGGCUUUGGAACGGCCCACUUGACGCUCAGUGUGGGGGGUGGGGAGAUGCCAUGGUUUGAACCGCGCUGACGUCACGGGGGCCGGCGCUACACGUGUCGUCUCCUCUUCUAGCACCGCCCACCAAAAGCCCGUGCACUUCGGAGCGCCUGCUUCCGCCGUGGUCUCCAUGGAGACGGGUACACUGUGUUGAGCCCUGGAGACCAAGCGGCACAGCAGCUUCCACACGCAGAGCGAGAAGAGCUGCAGCCACUCACACUCACCCACUGACACUUACUGCAGCCAUGAGCCAGAGGCAGGUCCUGCAAGUUUUCGAGCAGUAUCAGCGAGCACGAACUCAGUUUGUGCAAACCGUGGCUGAGCUCGCCACUCGACCUCAGAACAUUGAAACUCUACAGAAUGCAGGCGUAAUGUCUUUGCUGCGGCCCCUUCUCUUGGAUGUUGUCCCAACUAUCCAGCAGACCUCUGCUUUGGCUCUUGGGAGGCUCGCCAAUUAUAAUGAUGAUCUGGCAGAAGCAGUUGUUAAAGGAGACAUCCUUCCCCAGCUUGUAUAUUCUCUGGCCGAGCAGAAUCGCUUCUAUAAAAAAGCUGCAGCUUUUGUCCUCCGAGCAGUUGCCAAGCAUUCUCCUCAGUUAGCUCAGUCAAUAGUGGAUUGUGGAGCCGUGGAUACACUGGUGAUUUGCCUGGAAGACUUUGACCCAGGGGUAAAGGAAGCUGCUGCCUGGGCUCUUGGUUAUAUUGCAAGACAUAAUGCAGAACUGUCACAAGCUGUGGUGGAUGCAGGAGCUGUUCCCCUCCUAGUGCUGUGUAUCCAGGAGCCAGAGAUCGCUUUGAAAAGGAUUGCAGCUUCAGCCUUGAGUGAUCUAUCAAAGCAUUCUCCGGAGCUAGCUCAGACAGUUGUGGACGCAGGGGCAAUUGCCCACUUAGCCCAGAUGAUUCUCAAUCCAGAUGCUAAACUAAAGCGACAAGUGCUUUCUGCGCUAAGUCAGAUUGCAAAGCAUUCGGUGGAUUUAGCAGAAAUGGUGGUAGAAGCUGAAAUCUUCCCCGUUGUCCUGACAUGCCUCAAGGACCCCGACGAAUACGUCAAGAAAAAUUCAGCCACUCUAAUCCGCGAAAUUGCAAGACACACACCAGAGCUGUCUCAGCUCAUAGUGAAUGCAGGAGGAGUGGCUGCUGUCAUAGACUGCAUUGGGAACUGCAUGGGGAAUGUGAGACUUCCUGGGAUCAUGAUGCUGGGUUAUGUCGCAGCUCAUUCUGAGAACCUGGCAAUGGCUGUCAUCAUCUCUAAGGGGGUCCCUCAAUUAGCCAUCUGCCUGUCAGAGGAAGCAGAGGAUCACAUCAAGGCAGCUGCUGCCUGGUCCCUGGGCCAGAUUGGGAGACACACUCCGGAACAUGCACGUGCUGUCGCUGUAGCAAAUGUACUGCCAAAGCUUCUCUCUCUGUACAUGGACACUGACAGCUCAGAGGACCUUCAAGUCAAGGCAAAGAAAGCUCUCAAAAACAUCUUGCAGAAAUGUACCCAUCUACCAGCCCUCGAGCCCUUGCUGCAUGACGCUCCACCCAAUAUACUCAAACACGUGGUUGGCCAGUUCAGCAAGGUUCUUCCACAUGACAGCAAAGCAAGGCGGCUCUUUGUAACAAGUGGUGGACUUAAAAAGAUUCAAGAGAUCUCGGCAGAUCCUGGCUCUCCGCUCCAAGAGUACAUCAACACCAUCAAUAAUUGUUACCCGGAGGAGAUUGUCAGAUAUUAUUCUCCUGGAUAUUCACAGACACUACUGGAGAGAGUGGAUCAUUACCAGCCAGUUGUUUAAUGACUUUGCUGCUUAGAUUUAAAUAUUUUUAUUUUGUUACAUAUGUUUAAAAAAAAAAUUCUUUAAAGCACUAUCAACAUUUUAUACUGCAUGUGACGUAAACAACAAUGUAAAAUAUAGACUAAGGGGCCCUACACACUGGCCGAGCUGCCCGACGGCGGAUACGGCCGACGAGCGACCCGGCGGCGGGGGGGCAGUGACGGGGGGAGUGAAGUUUCUUCACUCCCCCCGUCACGCGGCUGCAUUGAAGUGCAGGCAAAUAUGGACGAGAUCGUCCAUAUUGGCCUGCAUGCACAGCCGACGGGAGACCAGCGAUGAACGAGCGCGGGGCCGCGCAUCGUUCAUCGCAGGAGUCUCCACACUGAAAGAUAUGAACGAGUUCUCGUUCAUUUAUGAACGAGAUCGUUCAUAUCUUUCAGAAAAUCGGCCAGUGUGUAGGGCCUAUAACAACAUUUUAACUUGGUCAAGUCCAAAAACAGUAAAUAUUUGAUUUGUAACAAUAGACUUGUCAAAAAUAAAAUAAUAAAUAGA